AUGAUUAAUGGGCUGGCCCGUACUCUGCGGUCUGAGUUGAAGACGGACAUCACUGUUGUAGAGGUCGACACAGAGGAUGGCGACAUUACCAGCUUGAGCAAAGGCCUUAUCAACAUUGUUAAACACUUGCCCUUGCGACGUUUCAACGAUGGCAUCAAUCCGGAUUUUGAAUUUGCCCUGACUCGCGGCGCCGUCAAAGUACCAAGGUUUCACUGCACCACAAUACAGGAAGAGCUUUCUCGUAAGCCAGGGAUUGAGAGUAGUAACAGUCGUUCCGUGGUCCUGGUCGAAUAG